AUGAGUGUGUUACUUUCAGAGAUAAUUCAAACAGCUCCUAAAUUCUCCUUCUUUGAUGAACUAAUAACUAUACCCACAGAUACCAGUUUACAAGCCCAUGAUUUCAUAAAGAUCAAUAAGAUCAUCGACGAUAUUGGUCUUUACUUGAAGGAACUCCACAUUCUUUUCGUUCAAAUUUAUGAGUCUAAAAUUGAUAGUAUUAAUGACGUGGAGUGGUAUUUCGAAGGGAAAUAUGAAAUCAAUGAACUUGUUCGAAGUAUUGAUAAUGUAGAAUCCAUUAUUUCCAAACUUUUGAUAGUUAUUGAUUCAGCAGAAAAUUCAAAUCAUAUACAUUUCAAUCAUUUACUAAAUAAGUUCGAAGAGACUAAUGAUUUGUUAUUCGAAGUAAAGAAAUUCCUAAUAUUAUUCAAACGAAAGGUUGAUAUCUCCAUAAACUAUAAGGAAUUGACUGAUAUCACCAUCCAAUCGUUAAAUAAAGAAGUAGAAGAUUGCUUGAAACUUUUCAUUCAAUUACAAGAUUAUAAACUAAUACCUAAUAAUAUCCCCAAAUUCAACCUCGAAGAAGUGAUUUCAAAGAUGAAGAUAAAUAAGAUAUCCAAUAACUUUACUAUGAAGUCUAUUAAUUUACCCACAUUCAAUGAUUUAGAUAAUUCCAUGUAUCAAAAUUAUACCAAUUUAGAAUUCAAGAUCGAACCUUUGAGAGUAUCCAUUGACUUUUUACCACUAAGAAUUCAAGAAUUUAAAUCUAUUUGUUCUAAAGGUAAACAACCAUUCCCUAAUUUAUUGGAAGAGAUCGAUAAUUUGUAUGAUAGUUUAAUUUCUAAAUGGGAAUACUUGAUGAAUGAAAUUAAGGUGUUUAAGGUAGAACUCAUUGAUUUCAAAUGGAAUGAAAUAUUUAUUUAUCUCAUUGAAGAAAUAGUUAAAAUCAUCAAUAAUUUACUUGAAGAAUUCUCCCAAAACCCUUCAAAAAACAUAACGAAAAAGAUUGGUGAUAAUUAUAAAUUAUGUAUUAAUACUAUGACUAUGAUUAAAAGUGCUGUUAAAGAGAAUAUCAUCAACAAUAUUAAGAUAAUUGAUUUAUUCAAUAAUCAAUUGAUUGUUAAAUGGAAUGAACUUAAUGAUAUUUUAACGACAAACAAAAGAAGUGAAGACAUUUUCGAAAUUCACCAUGAUUCAAAUUUAAGAUCCUUCCAAACCAAAAAGAGAAAUGUUAGUAGAGUCACGACUUCACCUAUCAAAAAUCCUAAUGAACCUGCUGGUUUAGGUAUAGAUUUAGGUAUCGAGGUUGAAGAUAAUGUCAUACCUCUCAGUAUUAAACAUCCUGAUAAGAUUAGAGACAUUCAGAAAAGUUUCCAAAUCCCUAAAUCCAGGAACUUACUUAACGAAUUCAAACUUAAAGAUGAAGAUGAAGAAACUCUUGUUUCAAAUAUGGCAGAUCUAAGUGUCGUGAAAACCCCUGAGAGGAUUAAUAGAAACGACAUGAAUGUCCCUAUUUCUGACUUAAGGAUAAACAAAGGUUUUAUCAGUAAAAUACCUAAAUUGAUUAAAAACUAUAUACAGAGGAAUGGUAUCAAAGCCAGACCUUUAAUUUAUGAUAAAAAUACGAAAAUUCCAAUAAUUGAUAAAUCUCAUCCAAGAUUUCAAAAACAUUUAGCUACGUUAAAUUCUAUGAAUGUUGAUCAUAAUCCAACUGAUGUAAAUUCCCAAUUCAAUUCUCCAAAGCAAUUAUAUUCACCCAUAACUUUUCAAAGACCUCGUUCACUUACGAGAACAAGAACUAGAUCAAAUUCUCGUCCCAUUUCACCCACUCCAAGAUUUAAUAGUGGACAUAGUUCAAAGACAUUUUUAUCCCCGGUUAAUCUUGGCUUAACCCCACAAUUAGGGAAUACUCCUAAUUUAUCAUACCCUCAAUCAUCACCUUCAUAUAAUUCCACAUCUCCUGAUAGACCAACAUCAUCUAUAGGAUCAAGAUUCGAUGAUGAACAUUUACUUCAACCAUUGAAACAUAUCAAACCCGCAUGGAGAUAA